CUGUCUUAUAGGGAAGAGUUAAAAAAAAAUAAAAAUAAAAAUAAAACCUAAUUGCUAAAACCCUAGAAUUUCACAUCACAGUUCACACCACCACGAAAUCGCUUCUUCAUCACAAACUGUGGAACAGAAAAUUGAAGCUAGCUAGUAGCAAUGGACUUCGACGAGUACGAGUACUUAGAGAAGACGGUGGAGGAACUGCCGGAAGACAGAGAUUCAUCCAAAAAGAAGAAGACCGACAUCGUCGACAACAAAUCCGAGAGAACGUACCGGAAGCGCGACGUCGAUGACGAUCUUGACGCCGAGGACAGGAGGAGCAAGAGGUCGCGUGGUGACGAAGAGAACGGCUCUAAGAAGGAUCGCGAUAGAGAGAGAGACCGCGACCGUGAACGUGACCGCGACCGCGAACGAUCCUCCGGCCGCCACAGGGAAAGGGAGAAGGACGGAGAGAGAGGUAGCAGAGACAAAGAGAGGGAGAAAGACGGAGAAAGAGGUGGCAGAGACAAAGAGAGAGGCAAGGAUGGUGAGAGAGGUAGUAGAGACAAAGAGAAGGAUAAAGAAAGGGAUAGAGAUAGGGAGAGGAGAGAUAAGGAAAGGGAAAAGGAACGAGAGAGAAGAGAGAGGGAGAGAGAGAAAGAACGAGAGAGGGAAAAGGAUGAAAAAGAGAGACCAAGGAGGAGUAUGAGUCGUCCUGAGAGAGAUAGAGGAGACAGAGAGCGAGAUUUCGAAAACAGAGAUGGCAGGAGAUUCAGGGAUAAAAAAGAUAAUGUGGAACCCGAGGCAGACCCUGAAAGGGAUCAGAGAACUGUUUUCGCCUACCAGAUGCCUUUAAAAGCAACAGAGAGAGAUGUGUAUGAGUUCUUCUCAAAAGCUGGCAAGGUGAGAGACGUCCGUCUGAUCAUGGAUAGGAACUCAAGACGAUCUAAAGGAGUUGGGUAUAUUGAAUUUUAUGAUGCGAUGUCAGUGCCAAUGGCAAUUGCUCUCUCUGGCCAACUACUUCUUGGGCAACCUGUAAUGGUGAAACCUUCUGAGGCUGAAAAAAACCUUGUUCAGUCUAAUGCUACCAGUGGAGCUGCCGGUGUAACAGGACCAUAUGGAGCAGUAGACAGAAAAUUGUAUGUGGGGAAUCUUCACUUCAACAUGACUGAGGCUAAUCUGCGAGAGAUUUUUGAGCCAUUUGGUCAGAUUGAGGUUGUACAACUGCCUCUUGACAUGGAAACAGGACACUGCAAGGGCUUUGGGUUUGUUCAAUUUGCCCAUCUUGAACAUGCCAAGGCAGCUCAGAGUUUAAAUGGAAAAUUGGAGAUUGCUGGCCGAACAAUAAAGGUUUCGUCUGUUACAGAUCAUGUUGGAAGUCAAGAUACAACUGCAAAAUCUGCAGACUUUGAUGACGAUGAAGGUGGAUUGGCAGGCUUUUAGCUUGCCUAUUGGUAAUCCAGGUGUUAUACCUGCACAAGUUCUACCGGCACAAGUUAUGCCUACCCCUGUAGUAGAACCUGUUGGAGUGCCUAGCGAAUGUUUAUUAUUGAAGAAUAUGUUUGAUCCAAGCACUGAGACGGAACCAGAUUUUGAUUUAGACAUUAAAGAGGAUGUUGAGGAAGAGUGUUCUAAAUAUGGCCGGGUGAAGCAUAUUUAUGUCGACAAAAGAAGUGCAGGUUUUGUGUACUUGCGGUUUGAAACAGUGGAAGCAUCAAGUGCUGCCCAACGAGCUAUGCACAUGAGAUGGUUUGCACGCAGGUUGAUUACAGCUAUCUUCAUGCAACCACAUUUAUAUGAAGCCAAGUUUAAGGGGGAACCUUGAAGAAGUGCGUAAAGGCCUCAAGCCUCUUGAAAGAUAUAACCAGCACAAUUUUGUGGCCUAGUUUUUAUGAAUCAUGUGGUUUAUAGAAUUUGAUGCAUGAAUUUAUUAGAAGUAUGAUUACAGAAAUUAUAAUGCCGUGACGGUAAUGAUAUUUUUGGUCUAUUUUUUUUCUUUCGAAUGAUGAUAUAUUUAUAACAAUCGUGCCUUGCUAUUCUUCCAUCAUGGUUUUGUAAUGUAGGUUAACUUAUUUCGAAUU